CCUUCGCGGGGGGAAGGUGCCUCUCUUAGCGCGCACAGCUCGCCUUUUUUCCUUGCUUCAACACUGCCAUUAGUAGUAUAUCUAUAUACAAUAUCUCUCUCUCUUUCUAUAUAUAUAAUAUAUAUAAUAUAUAUAUAUAUAUAUAUAUAUAUAUACAGAGAGAUAAUACAUAAUAUAACAUAAUAUUACAUAAAUGUAUGUUAUUAUCAUCAAUUUGUAAUCUACGACAUUUCGAUACUAUCGAGAGAGAGAGAGAGAAUGUCAUGUGUUCCAUCUUUUAUGAUAACAAAGCGGUGUAGUCGAAAGUAAAAAAAAAAAUAAAAUAGAAUAAAUAAGGCGGAGAAAAAGAAAAAGGAAGGAAAGGAAAGAAAGUAAAAUAAGGGGAAAAAAGAAAAAAAAUACAGCAGCAACGUCGCCGCAAUAGUGCGUGAACGCGGUAUAACGGAAAUAACGACGAUAUUGGUGUCCGUCUUCUUUUUGGUGUUUUAUAGUGGUGUUUGAUGUGUCAUGUUGAUGAUGGUGCCGAAAUGAUCUUAGGACUGUCAUAACGAGUAAGAUUGUAUUCUACAGAAGAAGAGGAGGAGGUGGAGGAGAAAGAAGAAGAAGAAAAAGAAGAGAAGAAGAAGAGGAGGAGGAGGAGGAGGAAGAAGAGAUCACUGUCCUGGUCUCUUUGUCGUUAUUGUCGAGUGAACGGACAUAUAUAUAUAUAUAUAUACAUAUAUACAUAGGUGUUCUCGAGCGUGGUAUUAGCACCGUAAACGCGGCGUCGUUCCGGUCGCGAGGAUCGACGCCCAGCGUCCGUCCAUCGACAGGUCGCGAGCUGUGCGCGUGUGGAUGAUCGAGAGUGAUGUCUAUCUAGUGUGCAACCGCCCCCAAUUGUCCUCUCCUCUCCCUCCCCCUCUCUCCUAAUCUCCUCUUUCUCUCUUUCUCUCUUUCUCUCUUUCUAUCCAUCUAUCAUCUCUUUUCCCAUCCAUGCGUUCUUCCUUUUCAUUGCUGUGAUUGAUCAUCAUCUAAAUCCGGACGGCGAAAUAUUGGAUUAUUAAGAUCUUUCUAAUUCUUAUCGUCCAUCCCCUCACACACCCCCCGUCUCCGUCGUGGAUAAUUUCAAUGUAUCUUGAUCUUUGUCCGAGCCUCUGAGAGAUCUCUCUAGCAUUGCACGUGCAAAGGAUCAGAGGUCAUGCUGCAAUGACUGGUCAUUCCUCGACGAGUAGAUGUAAUCUUUCGCAUUCGCACGUAUGUGGCGGUGAAAGCCUUCCAGCAGGUGCUAUGGGUGGAACCAAGUUUUCCACGAGCCUGCGAGGUUCACCUAAGGCUUGGGUUGAUGUUGAAGGUCCACGCUGACUUCGAUGCAGCUUUGAAGCACCUGACGUUAGCUUUGAUCGAUGCAACCACACCUGCUUCCUUCUCAAAACUCGAAAUCAAAUUUCAUAUCGCUCACCUGUACGAAGUUCAAGGAAAAUAUCGUCUAGCAAAGGAGCAUUACGAAGCUUUACUCAAGGAAAAGGCUUUGCCAUCGCAUUUAAAGGCUGACAUUUGUCGUCAGUUAGGAUGGAUGUACCAUGUUGUUGAUUGUUCCGUAUUAGGUGUAACUAGACAACAGAAGCAAGCUAUAGCUAUUCACUGUUUACAAAAGUCUAUUGAAGCUGAGCCUAAAAGUGGACAGAGUUUGUAUCUUCUUGGAAGGUGUCUUGCUGCUUCUGGAAAAGUUCAUGAUGCGUUCAUCGCUUAUAGUAAUCUUCUAUACCUUUGUAGAAAUUCCGUGGAAAAAUCAGAGGGAAACGCUGAUACCUGGUGCAGUAUAGGUGUUCUAUACCAGCAACAGAAUCAGCCUAUGGAUGCACUCCAAGCUUACAUAUGUGCUGUACAAUUGGAUAAAUCGCAUUCAGCUGCCUGGACGAAUUUGGGCAUUUUAUAUGAGAGCGUUAGUCAACCAAAGGACGCAUUAGCUUGUUACGUCAACGCAUCUAGAGGAAACAACAAUACUCCUAAUUGUACGGGCCCAUUGGUAGGCCUUGGCGGUGCUAAGUCUGGUGGUAAUACCCCGAUGAACCCAUCUUUACAACAGCGAAUAAACUUUUUACAAAGUCACCUAAGUCAAGCACCAAUGCCCUCUGUUGCUGCCAAAAGGCGGCAAUUGCCGUCAAUAGAAGAAGCUUGGAAUUUACCAAUAAGCGCAGAAAUGUCUAGUAGACAACAGCAACAACAACAACCCCCUGGUGGUCCAGGAUAUAAAUAUGGUGCAGCACCAUCUGGACCACCACCACCUUAUCCUCAAACUCAAGGGCAAAAUUUAAACACAAAAAGAUUUAAGCCUGGAGAUGAUUCAAUAUCACCUCCGUCUCCGCAAAGGCCUCCGCCAUUUUAUUUAUCGCCACAACAAUUACAAAUGUUGCAAUUUUUGCAACAAAAUCAAAGUAGUUUAACGCCACAACAGCAGGGUUUACUUGCACAACUUCAGCAUCAGUAUAGAGCGAUGCAACAACAUCAACAACAAAUUAGAUUGCAGCAACAACAAGCUGCUCAGAGAGGGCUUAGGCCAGGACAACCAGGUUAUCCUACUGCUUAUUCUCAUGGACAGCCAUCUGGGCAACCUGGUGUUAUAAAAAAUUAUGGUAUCCCUCAGCAACCGUUGCAGCAAGGAGGAACUGUUGCUUUACAAACAGGAUUUUCCGAUUCAAACGUAGGCUACAAUACCGUUGCAACGGGUAACACACAGACACCUGGGAUGCCUUAUAAAUCUGCUUCUGAUCCUAAUUAUCCUCAAAGACAAUUGACUCAGAGCGGUCAAUUCAAUCAGUAUCAGUCGAAUCAAUAUACGGCACAAGGUUAUGCUCAGAUCUCUUCUACGACAAGUAGUUAUCCUGAAGGUUCAGCAGGAAACAAGGACUUGGGUGUCACAGAUCAAGAAUUGCAAGCUUUGUUGUCUCAGAAAGACAUUGCAACGUCAUUGGCGGAAGACUUGUUAAAACAUUUUGGAUCAGAGGAUUUAGACGUUAAAGAAGAACCACCUGGUAUUAUGAACAAUGGUACUUUGAGUUCUGGUCCAUUUUCUCCAUCCAAUAUGGAAGAAAAUCCUGAUAAGAUAAAGGAAGUUAAAAUGGAAAAGAUGGAUGAAAUUCAACCAUCGUCUACCUCCAAUAUAGAAAUGUUCGAUAAACACGAGUCUAAAUCAUCGAUUCCAGUGGUCGAAACUAUAAAAUGUGAGGCGACGUCUAGUACAAAUAAAAGUGAAUCUAUAACGCGAACAGAACCUGUUCUCAAAUUAGAGAGUUUGUGCGAGUCGCAGCCAGAACAAGAAUUAAGUAUAGAAAUGGAUUCGAAAACUAUUGUCGAGGCGUGUAAGGGCCAAGGAUUAAAGGGAGUUCCAAAUUGUUCGAUAUUAAGUGAUCGUUCACCUCCACCGGCACCUCCAGAUCCUCCUAGUCAAAGAUUGACCAAGGAACAACUCUUACCACCUACGCCUAGUGUCUAUUUAGAGAAUAAGAAGGAUGCAUUCAGUCCACAAUUACAAGAAUUUUGUCUGAAACAUCCUAUAGCUGUAAUCCGUGGUUUAGCGGCCGCCCUUAAAUUAGACUUAGGUCUUUUUUCAACUAAAACAUUAGUAGAAGCUAAUCCCGAUCAUGGUAUCGAAGUUAGAACACAAGUCCAACAGACGAGCGAUGAAAAUUGGGAUCCAGUAAUGGGUAGGAAGGUUUGGGGUUGUAUUAGUCAUAGAAGUCAUACAACUAUAGCUAAAUAUGCUCAAUACCAAGCUUCGAGUUUUCAAGAAAGUUUGAAGGAAGAACGUGAAAAGUCUCAGGGCAUACAUACAUCGAACUUGUCGGAUUCAGAUUCGAAGGAUAGUACAGGCGCAGUUAGGCGAAAGAAAAAUGCAUUUGGACUUGCUGGUCGCCCAGGUUCAAAAAUGUUACGUUUUGGGACCAAUGUCGACUUGUCCGAUGAGAGAAAGUGGAAAAUCCAAUUACAAGAACUUAUGAAGUUACCUGCUUUCGCAAGAGUUGUGUCAGCUGGCAACAUGCUCAGUCAUGUUGGUCACGUUAUAUUGGGAAUGAAUACCGUGCAAUUAUAUAUGAAGGUGCCUGGAAGUAGAACACCUGGUCAUCAAGAAAAUAAUAAUUUCUGUUCAAUCAAUAUUAAUAUCGGACCGGGUGACUGCGAAUGGUUUGCAGUACCUGAUGCUUAUUGGGGUGUCAUUUGUGCCCUAUGCGAACGUAAUAAUAUCAAUUACCUUCAUGGUAGUUGGUGGCCUUCGUUAGAAGAUUUAUAUGAAGAAAACAUUCCUGUCUAUAGGUUUUUGCAAAGACCAGGAGAUCUUGUUUGGGUCAACGCUGGUUGUGUACAUUGGGUGCAAGCAGUAGGCUGGUGUAAUAAUAUUGCGUGGAAUGUAGGACCAUUAACUGCUCGCCAAUAUCAGCUUGCUAUAGAACGUUACGAAUGGAACAAAUUACAAUCCUUCAAAUCCAUAGUGCCAAUGGUUCAUCUAUCCUGGAACUUAGCUAGAAAUAUCAAAGUGUCGGAUCCAAGGCUAUUCGAAUUAAUUAAAAAUUGUCUAUUAAGGACAAUGAGACAGUGUUGUUUAAUAUUAGAAUUUGUAAAGAGCAAAGGUGUAGAAGUUCGAUUUCAUGGACGUGGAAAGAACGAAGCAUCGCAUUAUUGUGGACAAUGCGAGAUCGAAGUAUUUAAUAUCUUAUUUAUACGUGAACAAGAAAAACGUCAUGUCGUGCAUUGUAUGGAUUGUGCUCGUAAACAAGCACCAUCGUUGGAAGGAUUUGUUUGUUUGGAAGAAUACAGAAUGCGAGAUUUGAUGGACGUUUACGAUGGAUUUACUUUACACACCUCAUUGAACGCUCCUUCGUUAUCAGGACAAACCAGCCAAUCCUCCUGAGGUUACAUGCAACACAGAUAUUUGGACUUCUUAGGCACUUUACAGUGACUUAGAUAGUACAAUUUCUGUGUAUAAUAUAUAUAUAUAUAUAUAAAUAUAUAUAUAUAUAUAUAUAAAUAAUUUAUCUAAUUAAUAAUAAAUCUGUUAGUAAUCACGACGUACCUGAGAGCUAAAAAAAAA